CUGUCACGCUUUCAGCCUCAAGUCAAGACUGAUCUGAUAGUCGUAAUUUUGUACCUUACUACUUUACGAUUAAUUUCGUUAAAAUCUUUGUUAUUGAAGGUUAAGCAAUAUGAGCAAAAAAGAUAAAGAAUCGGUUGAAGAAAAAAAGCCUAUUGUUAUAAAAAAUGCAACAGAUCUUCAAAGAUUAAAAUUAGAGAAACUGUUGAAAAACCCUGAUAAACCAGUGGUGAUACCAGAGGGACCUAAACAAAAGUCUUUGGCUCCUCCACCAGAUUUUGUUCGAAAUGUUAUGGGCUCUAGUGCAGGAGCAGGCUCUGGAGAGUUCCAUGUAUAUAGGCAUCUUAGAAGAAAAGAAUAUGCUAGACAAAAAUUCAUACAAGAGAAAAGUGAAAAGGAAAAGCUUGAUGAUGAAUAUCAUAGGAAAAUAGAAGAAAAUAAAAGACUUGCUGAUGAAAAAACAGCGAAGAAAAGAGCUAAAAGAUUAAAGAAAAAACAAAAGGCAAAGAUAAAAGAUAAACGACUUAAGUCUGAUAAUUCUGAAUGUAAUGAUUCUUCACAGUCUGAUCAAGAUGAAGAUGAAGAGGGGUCACCAAAAGAACAUGAAAACAAUUUCAUUGCAUCAAAGGAAAUUUCAUGAAAUUAGUGUUGUUUAUAGAUUAUGUAAUAAUAUGAAUAAGUACAUUAUUUUUA